ACAAAAUACUGACUCUCUCUCUCCAGAAAAUAAUCAAACAAAGUGAUGAAGCACACGAAACAGUGCUAAAAUGGGUCUCACAUAGCUUCGGGAUUACCUUCUUCACAAUUAAGGGCCAUUAAAUAUUUGGGAGGGAGUCAACAGAAAAUGCCCACGCUUACAAAAAGUAAUACUAAUAGACAAGUAGAGAAAGGACUAAGAAGCAUCCAGACCUCAACACCCUAUGGUCAGCCUUGGUGGCAGGGUCUUGGGAGCAAUGACAUGCCUUCUUCAGGGCAGCAAGAAGAUAGUUCCAUAAAUCAUGCAGCUGUUCAACCACAAGGCUCUGUUGAAGGGAUCCCCAGGGAUACAGAAACUAAUGCUGUUCUUCACUCUGACUUGAAUAGAAACAAUGGCGAGCAAGAGCAACAACAUCUUGAUGCAAAUGCACAAAUGGAGCUUGUUGGUCAUUCUAUUAUGCUGACAUCAUAUCCAUAUGCGGACCCACAAUAUGGGGGGAUUUUGACAUAUGGGGCGCCGGUGCAUCCUCACUUGCUCGGCUAUCAUCCAGGAAGAAUGCCUCUGCCUCUUGAAAUGGAAGAAGAACCUGUUUAUGUGAAUGCAAAGCAGUACCAUGGAAUUCUGAGGCGCAGACAAAUACGAGCAAAAGCUGAAUUGGAAAAGAAAUUGGUGAAAAACAGAAAACCUUACCUUCAUGAAUCUCGUCAUAAACAUGCUAUGAAAAGGUUAAGAGGCUCCGGAGGCCGUUUCCUGAAUACCAAAAAGCUCGAUGGCAAAGAAAACUCUGCCUCAGCGGAGCAAUCAAAAUCAGGGGAAACUGCUUCAUCGCAGUCACACGCCCCUGCUUAUGCUCAUUUGUCCACAAACAGUAACGGUGCCUCUCAUCAAAACAACGAAGGAGCGUUAUCUACGGUUCAAGAAAUGCACAAAGACCAUACUCCCUCCAAGGGGUUCAACAGCUCUCACGGUCUGGGGGGGUCAUACUGCGAAAGUGGACAUUUGAGCAAAAACAGCUGGAACUCGCUAGUGAGCCGGGGCCCACGAGGGCCUUCCUCUAGCAAAUGAGAAGCUAGCCCCGCUUUUAGCAGUGGAUGAUGCGCUCGUCUAUCUGGGAAUCGGGGAUGCUUCCUCUGACAUGGCUCGUAUGUCAGGCAAUUCAUUCUUGGCUUGGUUACUUGUAUGGUGCAGAUAUGAGACAGUUUCUCUGGUAGAAACCACUGUCCGUUUCUCCUCCAUGUUAUCAUCUUAUAUGUAAAUUAAGCAGAUUGCCUAAACUAUUCAAGAACUAGACUUUGUGUAAACUGUGAAGCGUGAAUACUCUCUUGUUUAGUGUAUCUGUGACACAUUCUCUCUUCUUUAUUGAACUAGCUUGUGUGAAGCGUGAA